UGGACCUCCUGGCUCUAGAGUGUUCUUCACUCACUUAGUGCUUUAAAAGUUUGUAAACUCUAUUCCAGCUGAAGCACGGAAGCUGAUGUGACUAGCAGCUUUGCUGCAGGGACUGACAAAGCUCAGCCGAUUGCUUGAUUUUCUUUCUUCCCUGCCUGCUACAACCUUCCCAGUAACAGGAUCCCUGUGAUUAUGCUCCCUUCAGUGAACAGGGGUUAUUGUUUAGCAUUUCUGAGUUUCUCCCUUUUUGGACUGCUGGGGCAGCUCCUACAUGUUACCCAUGGGAUCCCGAUGGAAGACCAGGAUUACUAUCUGCAGGAAAUUAUGAACAGGGAGCAUUACUAUUCUUUCUCGGAAUCAGAGGCUAUUGUAAGUAAUACCCAAGCAUCUGAGCAACUAGGAAAUACUGAGGAACACUUCAAACCCAAAGCAGGAAAGAAUGAGUUAAAAAUCAAAAAAGAGAAAGAGACAGAUAAAUCCACUACUGAAAAUACAGCAGGUAAAAAUGGAAGCAAGAAAGCUGACAAGAAUAAAAAAAGUAACAACUGGAAAACUCCUAAUGAGAGUCAUGAAAGAGAGACUCAUCAUGAAGUUGUUAAAGAAGAAUGCCCCCCAUUGGGUCUUGAGACACUCAGGAUUGAUGACUUUCAGCUUCAUGCAUCAACUGUCAAACGUUAUGGCCUGGGAGCACAUAGAGGACGGCUUAAUAUUCAGGCAGGAAUUUAUGAGGAUGAUUUUUACGAUGGAGCAUGGUGUGCAGGAAGAAAUGACCCCCUCCAGUGGUUUGAAGUAGAUGCAAGAAGGCUGACUAAGUUUACUGGAGUCAUCACUCAAGGCCGAAACUCCCUCUGGCUGAGUGACUGGGUAACAUCAUUCAGAGUGAUGGUCAGCAAUGAUAGCCACACAUGGAUAACAAUUAAAAAUGGAACAGAGGACAUGAUAUUUGAAGGAAAUCAUGAAAAAGAAGUGCCUGUCCUUAACGAGUUCCCAGAGGUUUUGGUUGCCCGUUAUAUUCGUAUAAAUCCAAGAUCUUGGUAUGAAAAUGGAAGUAUCUGCAUGAGGGUGGAGAUCUUAGGCUGCCCCUUACCAGAUCCAAAUAAUUAUUAUCACAGAAGAAAUGAAAUCACUACCACAGACAAUCUGGACUUCAAGCACCACAGUUACAAAGAAAUGCGGCAGCUAAUGAAAGUUGUAAAUGAAAUGUGCCCCAACAUCACAAGAAUUUACAACAUUGGCAAAAGUCACAAUGGACAGAAGCUCUAUGCUAUUGAAAUUUCUGACAACCCUGGAGAACAUGAAGUGGGAGAACCCGAGUUCCGUUAUUCUGCUGGAGCACAUGGUAAUGAAAUUUUGGGCCGUGAGCUACUUUUACUCUUAAUGCAGUUCAUGUGUCAAGAGUAUCUAGCUGGAAAUCCAAGAAUUAUCCACCUGGUGGAAGCAACCAGGAUCCACCUCCUACCAUCCAUCAACCCAGACGGUUAUGAUAAAGCUGCAGAAGUGGGUUCUGAGCUUGGAGGAUGGUCUUUGGGCCGUUGGACCCAGGAUGGUAUUGAUAUAAACCACAAUUUCCCAGACCUGAACUCAAUUCUUUGGGAAGCAGAAUCCAGGAAGUGGGUGCCAAGGAAACCUUCCAAUCAUCACAUACCCAUUCCAGAAUGGUAUCUUUCAGAGAAUGCUACAGUAGCAGCUGAAACACGGGCAGUCAUUGCCUGGAUGGAAAAGAUUCCUUUUGUCCUUGGUGGGAAUCUGCAAGGAGGAGAGUUGGUUGUGACAUACCCAUAUGACAUGAGUCGGACACAAUGGAGUACUAAAGAGUAUACUUCCACACCUGAUGACCAUGUUUUUCGAUGGCUUGCUUUCUCCUAUGCCUCAACACACCGUCUGAUGACUGAUGCUAGCCGGAGAGUCUGCCACACUGAAGACUUUGCUAAAGAGGAUGGCACCAUUAAUGGAGCUUCCUGGCAUACAGUUGCUGGAAGUAUGAAUGAUUUCAGCUACUUGCACACCAAUUGCUUUGAACUGUCGAUGUAUGUGGGUUGUGAUAAAUUCCCUCAUCAAAGCGAGCUGCCACAAGAGUGGGAAAACAACCGUGAAUCACUGAUUGUGUUUAUGGAACAGGUGCACAGGGGUAUCAAAGGUGUUGUAAGAGACGUACAGGGAAAGGGCAUUCCUAAUGCAAUUGUAGCUGUGGAAGGAAUCAAUCAUGAUAUUCGAACAGCUGCUGAUGGAGACUACUGGAGACUCCUUAAUCCAGGAGAGUAUAAAGUCACAGCAAGAGCAGAAGGAUACUCCUUAGCCACUAAAGUCUGUGAAGUGGACUAUGAAAUGGGAGCUACACAGUGUGACUUUUUUCUUAGGAGAACAAACAUGUCUCGAAUCAGAGAGAUCAUGGAAAAGUUUGGAAAACAGCCUAUUUAUUUGUCUGCUAAACAAGUCCGACACAGAGCGGCACAAAGACGUCGACAUAUCUGAAUUCUUCUACACUCUUUGUUAUGACAAAAUGAAAUAAAAAAACAUAAUAAUGUCUCAUAUGCAUACAGUGGUGCUUGAAAGCAUUUGGACCUUUCAUUUAUCAGGCCUUACAAGAACAAGGUAAAAAAUAUAUUAAAUUCAAUGUUUAAUAAAGAUAUGUGAAUGAUGGGUACACAUUUUGUUUUAUUAUUAUGUUAAGUUAACAGAAACUCAACGAUUUUUGUGUGCAAAAGUAAUUAAGUACAAAAAGCAAAGGCUCAAUCUUUAGGAAUUAUUACACCUACCAAAGAUUUGCUAUAGUUAUUGAUUAGUCUUUCACGUUUCCUUGGGUUUUGAUUUUUUUUCUUUCUCCUUUUCAAAAUACUUUAUUUGGUCCAGAAUAAGCACUUGUCUUGCAUGAUUAGUCUUUCUGCAUCAUGCCUACCAAGUUGAAAUGACUGGCCAAUUUGAAAACAUGCAAUUUCUUUUUUGCUGUUUGCAAUUUAAGGUUUUUGUUGAACUUUUAAACUUUUUCUUGGGACACAAUUGUUUUGUAAACAUUUUUAUUGUUGUUAAAGAAAAAUGGGAACAGGCAAAUGAAAAAUAUAACAAAUAUCAAAAAGAUUUUUGACUUUCAAUUUCAACUUUAGACUUGUCCUUAUAGAGAAAAGUGUUAAAAAAUCUACAGAAUCCCCAUGACUGUCUUUCAGACUUAAUUUGAGCCAUGAUAUUGUUUUCUGAGAUUAAUAAAUUUCUCCAUGCUGCACUCCAAUGAAUGCCACAGCUGUUCAGUUGGUUUUAAAUACUGGAUGACUGAUUUAUUUAACCACUGCUGAUGGUGAUUACUUGAAACUCCUAAAUUCUGGAGUGGAGAAUGAAAAUAAGAACAAGGAUCUAAGGAUAUUCCUCAUCCACCAAAGUCUGUAAACCAGACUGUGAAAAGGGAUCCACAAAGUGUGAUCAAAGGUAUGUUUUUGAAGAACAAACCUGAAAAUCACCUGAAACAAGACAUUCUGAAGAUCAAUGCAUGUAGUGCAGGUGCUCUUUUGGACAUCCUAUGCAAUAGCUUUCUGUGCACGUACAUAUCUAGCUACCUUGGUCUUUCUAUAUUUGUAGACUGACAUACUGCUUCUCAAACCGUACUCUGGUGCUUGGUUCAUUUGGUACCCAAUUAUUUUAACACACAGUUACAGUUAUACUUGCCUCAUUGAUUGAGCUAAUGAGCACUGUAGUUUGCUUACUUUUGCACACAAGACAAGUCUUAUUUAAAUCCUAAUUAUUAUUUUUUAUGUUGCAUUUAUGUAUAUAAAACAAUAUACAUAAUGUUUGAUUAAAGCCUGUUGUUUUAUAGAGGUAAAGACUAAUUUUGCAUAAACAUGAAUUUCUUAUUUAAAAAUUAUAGGAGGGGUUCACAAGCUUUCAAGCAACAGGAUGGAUAGAUAAACAGAAAGAUGCAUUGUAGAAUUCUAACAAAUUAAUGAAUAAAGCAGAGCCAUCAAAGUGUGUGAGUGAUCAUUUAAAGAAAAAAAAUACCAUGUUAAUACAGAAAUAAUGUGAAAAAAAACAAGGCCAAGAAAUGCCUCACCUUCAACAGAAGUAGAAUACAGACUAAAGAAUGCUUAAAAACAGUCAGCAGAUAGGGGUAACGUCUUUUCAGUCAAAUUCUCUUUAAGUAUGUAAAAUUGAUGUUAUAAUCAUGACAGUUUUAAAAAUAUGUUUUGCAUUUUAAUUACUUUGGACUGAGGUAGAAUUGCAUUGUGGAUAAAUAAUUUGACUGACUAGAUCUCGUCUACCAACCAGAGUAACUCAUAGUAUAAGACUCAAAUAUAUUUUGAUUUUAAGGAAAGUGGGUUCUCUUAUAACGAUCCUAGACACAAAAAUAAGCCAAUAUGAACCCUAAAAAUGUAUUUUUUGGGGCAAAGGGGAAGAAUUAACCAAGGAAGUUAUAUGAAAUUGAAAGUAAAAAAUGUGAAGUAAAUCAUGCUGAUUCAUUUGUGUAUAAAUUAAAAUAAUACAAGGCACUCCAUAACACUCAUCUGCUCUUUUACUUCCUCUCUCUCUAUCUCUAAACUUCUUGUCUACUAGCCUUCCAAGCCUGAGCUUUGACUCAUCUCCUAGUUCCUAUAACCGCCAAAAUAUCUUUUGGGGUUCAAGGACAGCACUGUAAAAUUUCUAGGGCCACAAUCCACUAAAUUAUGUUUUGGCUCCUGACACCAUGGUAGCUCUGUACUUCUUCAGCCAGAAACAGCACAGUUGGGACCAGUGGGCCCUCUAGUGGGAAAGAGGUUUUUCCACUUUUGAUCUCCUUCACUGGAUUCCGUCUUGUUUUUCCAUAGCAAAGAGUCAGGCAGCCUUGACAGCAUGUGACCUUUAGCAUCCUGGAGGAACACGGUCAGCUUCCACUCCAGUCAGACUUCUCUCUCUCAGUCUAUCUGGCAGGUAAACCUGCCUAAUGUCCUUAAGGCAUACACAGGGUGAUGCCCUUCUUUCUCUCCUGUCAUGGCAGCAUGUUACUGCCAUCAUUUGCUCCUCUCAGUCUGCUGGGGUUUUGCUAGGUCCUAUUCUUGUUCCAUGCCAUUUUUUCUAUCUGAAGCAUUCAGUCUUCAAUGUCACCUAUUACCAAGGUUAUACAUCCAUUUCAUCCUUUGUAUUAAUAUACCCUGAUUUCUUCAUGCACAGUAUGACAUUCUAGCACUGACAAUAUGCUUAAAGGAAUACUCCACCCAACCAUAAUAUUUUUUUAAUGUUACUUACAUUUUAACAUGUUUAUGUUACUUAACAUAAACGGUGCCCAGCUGUGUCCUUAGCAAAUUCAGUAUUUUUAGACUUGGAGAACCAAUCGGGGAUGGUGGUGGCUUCUCAGUGUACGGAGCACACGCCCCUUGAGUUAACAAAAUGGCACCCAUCAGUGUCUAUAGUGAGGUGGGGUGGGGAAAGUGUGGAUAGGGGAUUCCGGAGUAUGUACUUCUUGAGUUACAUAAACAGGUUCCUUAGUGUCUAAACAAUGUUCCUUAGCUGCCUGUGUUGCCUAAAAGAUUGUCCAGCCCUAACUUACCCCAUAUACAUUGAAAGUGGUGACCAAAAAAGAAAUGUUUUUGUGCAGAAUGGAGAGAAAAAGGUUUGACCUGAUAGAAGUUGAUAGUGACCAACUCUGUAGAAUGACAAACAAUGUAAAAAAAGUGGGAAAAAGAAAAAAAAAUCAUGUUACUUGUGUUACAUAAUCCACAUAUCAGUUAUCAUAUCACAUGUACAAAAUGAGCAAAACAUGUUUUUUUGCUACAAUAUUUUUAAAUAGUUCCUGAAUUAUCUGUGCACAUCAUGAACAGGAAACCUGAAGCUUCAUGGUAAUGCACUCUGACCUCCAAAAGUCACAUGAAAAGAUUAAUAAAGUAUACCAAAUGACAUUUUGACUUAAAGACCCACCUUUCCCCUCAUUUACUGCUCAAGAGUCGUGUCUUUGUUAUUCACAUUCUUUGCUGCUGUAAAACAUAUUUAUUGGCUUCUAUUAUGUCCUAAACUUUUUUUGUCUCCAUUCUGCAUGAAAAAAUGAGAUUAAGAAUUUUGAAAUAGCCACCACAGCAAAUUACAUGGUGUAUUUAAUAUAUAACAAAUAUCAUUUUUGGGAGAAGUAUUUCUUUGAUGCAUUUUUACAAAUUAAAAAUGGUAGGUUUUCAAAUCAAAAUGAGUAAGCAAGCUAUUGUAUGACAUACCCAUUUGUCAUUUACUGUAUAUAUCAUUAACUCAAUUGCAUCUUUAAAUUCAAAUAUCAAACAACUCUUAUAGCAUCAUCACUGUCCUCAAUUGUCCCUUGACGUACUCCACCCUGUCUGUUAUUCUGCCCCAGUCAUACCUUCCUUUGCAGACUCCUUUCAUGAGUGAUCUGCUUUUGAGCACAAUAUCACAACUGUAUAGGCAUUAUUUGAGUCCAUUCUCAAUAUAGAAUAAAAAGGUCAGCUGGUAUUCUACAUCUAGUACACUAAUCCUGCAAUCUAUGGCCCUUACUAUUAUACUUUGUUAAGGGCACUUUUUUUUAGAUUCUCUCUGUUAACUGUAUACCUCUGAUCUGUUAGCACCUGCCCACUGCUUUAUAAACCAUUACCUACAUAAAUAGUGCUGUCAUUCUAAUAAAUGGGAAGGACAUGUUUGCUUAAAAAAUAGCUAUAACUUCUAAGUAAGUAGCAGCCUUAUAACUGUGUCUCACACAUGCCCAAAGCCCCAUCAGUGGAAGCCAAUCACAUUUACGAGAAAGUUCAGGUUUAAAAUUAUGAUUCACUGCCUCAACUAGGUCUACCAGAUAAAUAAAGUUAAAAAUGCUGAGUCUUCACUGAAUCCCUGACAUGAUUUUCUAAUUUAAUUUUACAGUGCACUACGUUGUUAAUGUGACACAAAGUAGUUUGGUUAUCUUUUAAAUCAGACGAUAAUUUAGCCCCUUUGCUUGUUAUUUUGCAUGAAUCACAGUGGAUUCUUGUACACACCUGGUUGACUUUGAUAAACACUUUGCUUUACACGUGGAAAAAAUUAAUAUAGCAAGCAAAUCAAGUGAAUGAAACAUACCAAUAAAUUCAAUUGAUACAAAUGAUACUGUUGAGUAGAAUGACUCCGUGAAUGUAGUGAGUAGUGAAGUGGCUGGAAAUCUCUCAUUUAAACAAGAUGUGCAAAUAAAAUGUUGUGGUUUUGCAGCUAAUUAAAGAUAAGCAUUUACUUAGUUUUUAAUUUAUAAUAAAAGUAAAUUGUCACUAUUGCUCUUACCAGAAAUAAAUGGGACAGAGCCACACCCAGGGCCAUCUUAAUGCAUGGGCACACUGGGCAGUUUCCAGGGGGCCCCACAAGCAUAGAGACUAUAAUGCUGUUAAGACGGCCCUGGCCACACCUUAUAAUCACCUCCAAUAUGGUGCAUUACUUAAACUAAUUAAACUACAGAAAAAAAUCCAUUGCUGCCUUGCUGGAAUUUGAACUUUUAUACAAAAAUGUUUAAAAAGAAAUAUAUCUCAAAACUACAGUAAGUUAAAGGUGUUUCCAAUAGGAUUCUUACAAUUUCAAGAAGUAGUAUUGGUAAUUUAAAAAUAUUUUCUUGGUUUAACUUUAACUAUAUAAGAAUGACACUAAUUGUAAUACAGCUGUGCCUUCUAUUUUGAAUAAGAGUGCAGGUCCUGCUCUUAAAUACUCAUAGGUCAUUUUAAAACUGCAUUCAGUUGAUGCUCAAUAAUUCAGGCUGGUGGAAAGAAAAAAGCAGUAAAACAAACCAUUUGAAUGUUACUAAUGUACAAUAUAUGGAUGGAUGUGCGUAUACCUAUAGAAUGGAAUGUGUUUUGGCAUGCUGUAAUGGAAGGUUAAACAAGAUGUCCACAAUCAUAAUCAUUUCCAAGUGUAUCAAUAGCUAAUUCAAAUGUGCCUUGUUUCUCUCUAUCACUGUGCUUUAAAUGUUCUUCCACGCUCUCUCUGAGAGACUGUUCUUGGAUGUUCUUCAUCACAUGCACCCAAGAAAAUGCACCCAAAAAAAAUACUGGAGCGGUCUUUAACCUCCAGUGAAAUCUGUCGGCUUGACGUGCCCAGUGCUGCUGUUAAGUAAAUCUAAUAAAAUCUGUAAUUUUAGUAUUAAUUCCUCCUAUCAUUUCAAUUUGAUAUUACUGUUAUGAGCAUAACCCUUGAUAUAUUAGCAAUAUAUAUGGUGAGGGCUAGAGUCUAGUUGUAUGUUUAUUUUAGAAAAUGAACACCUUGACUAAAAGGGAUACUCAUUUGGCCUUGGGCUUUUAAUGAAAGAUGUUCAAAUACAUUUUCCGGUUAAUACGUUAAUUAAAUAUAUAAAAAAUAUUAUAUGCAAUAAAUACUUUUUAAAAACACAUUUAGUAAUCACUUACUGUCAUAAAAUCAUCUCAGAUGCAGAGGUUGUUUCAAGGGAUUUAGUAUAGUAGUAAGUGCAAAAGACAAUCUAUUUAACCACAAACAUUUAAUUUAAGAAAGUUUUGGUAUUUUCAGUUUUUCUAAGUGUUUUGCACAUAUUAUUACAGAAAUGUAUACUGCUUUAUGUUAAGUUGACUUUUUUGUAAAAAUUGAAAAUCUGUCUACAUGCAUGUUUGUUAUAUUUUAAAAUUCUAAGAUAAUUGUAAACAAUGUUGCUUGUAACCCUUUCUCCAUUUUAAAUGUUAUAUUACUGCACUUUAUUAAACAUAUACAUUUUAACGA